CCCUCCCAGUCCUGCACUCCCCCAGGCCUGACUGCCUGCCUGCCUGCUCUUCUUGGCAGCCAAACAGCCAGGGGAGGAUCAGGACGACCGGGCGGCUGAGAUAAGGACCACAUGAAGUUCCCCACAUUACCUCACCCGAUAAGGAAGCAAGUAGAGAGAGAGAGAGAGAGAGAGAGCAAGAGAGAGAGAGGGUCAGACUUGGAAGAAUUCUCUGGAUUGACGGUGAUGCACAGAGAAGAAGAAGAAGAAGCUGGUGAUUGUGGAGUUUUCACCAGUUGUUUGGGGGUCUGGGUGAAACUGGGGGUCCCACAGAGGCUUGGUGAACUCUGGAAAGGUGCUUUAGCAGAGCAGUCUGCAGUAGCUAUUGAAAAUUUUGAAUGUUUAUGCUUUUCUUGAGAUCAAAUGAGUAAUUUCAGCUCUUCUUGAACCAGUAUUUUUUUUUAGUGGACUUUAAAGAUGCUUUCAGACUAGAUGUAAAAAUGACCUCAGACUGUUUCCUGUUGCGUCUUUAUGAAAGUACUUAUUAAGUGAAAGCCAACUUCACAACAGUCUCCAACACUGGAUAGCAAACUUCCACCCAGCUAAUGAAAGUAGCCUGAUUGAUUCAAGUUCUCGACACCUCAGGACAGUCUGCAGCCGUCUUUGGGACUGUAUCUCUUUGGCGGAAUCCAUGGCAGUGAAUCCUCUGGAAGGUCUUAUGUCAGUUGCAGUGAAUCACCAGCUUGUGUCCAGCUCAACAGCAGAGCUGCAGAGCCAGCGUGCCUGUGCAGCUGGCAACCCAGCAUCCCUGCACGGACACAGGCAGAGUGUACGCAGCAGCCGGGAGCCAAGGAAGUGGGUGCAGUCUGUGUGUGGGUCCAGGUCAAAUUCUGGCUCUGGAUGUGGGUCUGUGGUCCAGACCAGGACACUACGGAGUCAGCACUCCCCGGAGAACGCAGCGCGAGAGAGGAGCCGUGUACGCAACCUGCGACAGGCCUUCCACAGCCUGCAGGCUGCUCUGCCAUCAGUCCCACCUGACACCAAGCUGUCCAAGCUGGAUGUUCUGGUUCUGGCUACCAACUACAUAGCCCACCUGACAGAGACCCUGGACCAGGGAGGGAUGCUGGCUGAGCACACCCUGCCCUCCCGGCCAGGUGGAUACCUGCAUCCUGUUAAAAAGUGGCCCAUGCGUUCCCUGCUCUACUGUGGCAGCGUGGGGGAGCUGCUAUCAGGAGUCCCGACCAAUCAGGUUCCUCCACCUGGACGGGACGGGACACACCCGCUGACCCCCGCCAUAGAAGCAGACAAAGAGUGAUAGUAGCACAUGGGACGUAACUUUCACAUUGUUUCUUAUCUCUAAUCUUAGCUUCUAUUGACAGCAAAGGACAAGUCAAAGAAAAGUGUUCAACAUCUAUCUGGAGACACUGAUCAGCAACUUGAAAGCAAUUACAGAGUUACUGAAUAUUAAGCCAAAACUAAUGGCAAUACCUUUUGCCUUCCAAAAGCAAAAGGACAGCAGACAUUUGUAUACUUUGUAUGGAGAUAAAAUGCAUUCUUACAGUUUUUGUUUGUCUAAGUAUGAAGGUUAGGCCUUAAAUUAACCUGCAGCUACAAAGACAUUUGCCAUUUUUGGCAAGCUGUUGGAAAAGUCUGUAAAUGUCACUAGUCAGUUUGUCCUCAGGAUAUUCAUUUCAUUCUUUAAUUCAGAAACUGCUUGUCGUACCCUCAAAGUUAAAAAGACUGAUGGUUUCCCGAAAAAUCCAGCAGCUGUUUUAUUGGCUGGGACCAGGCUGUUGUGUGUAUGAUAAGAUACACAUAUCCAGGUUGACACAAACAGCACAGGAGAGGAGUUUAGAUCCAUUCUUGUGAGCAUUAGACAGCAGCAGUGGUGGAAGAAGUACUCAAAUCCAUAACUUAAGUAAAAGUAUCAAUACCACAAUGUAAAAAUACUUAAUUACAAGUAAAAGUCCUGCAUUUAAAAUCAUACUUAAAUAAAAAAGAAUUACCAGCUAAAUUCACUUAAAGUACUAAAGUGAAAGUACUUGUUUUGCAGAAAAUCGGGCUGUGGAGCUAGUUUGAACUACUUUGAAAGGUCACAAGAUAAAUCUGAGGGGUCUUUAGAUGAUAGAUUGAGAAAGAACAUGGCUCUGCUGCAAAUUUGGAUUAACUUUUAAUAACCUUUCUUCAAUAUUUGAUUUUUUUGUGAAAUAUUGGGGAGUUUUACCUC